CAUUUGUCGCAAUUCUUUGACGAGAUCCGCAAGAAUGAGGGCAAAGGUCUGUCAAAUUGGAAGAAACGGCUCCUCGUCUCAGACAGGGCUCACUUAGUGUUUGAUUUCCAUCAAGCGGUCGAUGGCUUACAAGAGAAGGGCAGAGGAAAGAAGACAAUCGGGACGACGAAGAAGGGAAUCGGACCGACAUAUGCGACAAAGUUGUGCUAUCAUUUGAAGGCGGGUCGGAUCGGCAUCCGAAUGGCAGACCUGAUGGGAGAUUUCUCUUUGUUCGAAGAGAAAUUCCGCGCUCUUUCGGCUAAUUUUCGUUCACAAUUCCCGGACCUGAGUCUGGAUGUGAUUGAGACAGAGCUCACUAAAUUCAAACAAUUUGCAGAAGAGAUCCGUCCGUGUGUUACCGACACCGUAUCCUAUUUGAACACUAAUAUGAAGGCCGGAAAGUCUGUGCUCAUUGAAGGCGCCAACGCCACGAUGCUUGACAUCGAUUUUGGCACGUAUCCAUUUGUCACUUCGUCCAACUGUACGGUUGGAGGCGUGUGUACGGGUCUCGGCAUUCCUCCCCGUUAUAUCGGUGACGUGUAUGGCGUGACCAAAGCCUACUGCACUCGCGUAGGCGACGGUCCCUUUCCGACGGAACUGUUGGACGAAACGGGCGAUUACUUACAGACGACCGGCAAAGAGGUCGGCGUCACCACUAAACGCAAGAGACGGUGCGGUUGGUUGGAUCUCGUGCUCCUCCGCUACUCUCAUAUAAUCAACGGCUACUCAGCUCUAGCGAUUACUAAAUUGGAUGUUUUGGACGAGUUUAAGGAAAUUAAAAUAGCCGUCAGCUAUACAUUGGAUGGCGUCGAGUAUAAGGAGGCGCCGCCAGGUUUGACAGUCCUUAACGUACAAUAUUUAAGCAGAUAUUUAUUGUUAAUUUGA